AUGAUAGAAACCGAGAAGACUGGAGACCUGGAAGUUCAGUGCUUGCCGAGUCACUGCGAACACGGAGGAAGAUGCUCUCAGUCCUGGAGUAACUUCCACUGCAACUGCUCCGACAGCGGCUACGGAGGAGCCACCUGCCACAGCUCAAAAUACGAACAGUCGUGUGAGGUCUACAAACACAAAGGCGACCCAUCGGGUCACUUUCACAUCGACGUGGACGGCAGCGGACCAAUCAAACCCCAGCUCGUUUACUGCAACAUGACAGAGGACCAGACGUGGAUUAUAAUCCAGCAUAAUAACACAGAGCUGACUCCAGUCCAGGCCUCCGCUGACACUAACCAACACUUCGUCAGCUUCCUGUAUCCGUCUGAAGAGAAGCAGCUUUCCGCCAUCAUCAGCCAAUCAGAGCACUGCGAGCAGGAGCUUUCCUAUCACUGCAGGAAGUCCCGCCUCUCCAACAGCCUGGAUGGGACUCCGUUCAGCUGGUGGGUCGGCGGCCCGGCUUCGGGUCAGAUCCAGAACUUUUGGGGCAGAGCUUUGCCCGGCAGCCAGCAGUGCGCAUGUGGUCUGCAGGACAACUGCCUCGACUCGAGCUUCUACUGCAACUGUGAUGCUGACUAUGACCUAUGGACUGAGGACUCUGACCUUCUGACCCAUAAGGAGAGCCUCCCAGUCCGGUCGCUGGUUCUGGGAGACAUUCACCGUCCGGGUUCAGAGGCUGCCUACAGGGUGGGGGCUCUCCGUUGCCAUGGAGACAAAAACUUCUGGAAUGCUGCUUUUUUUGACAAGGAGACGUCGUACCUUCACUUCCCCACCUUUCAUGGAGAGCUGAACGCAGACAUCUCCUAUCUGUUUAAGACCACGUCUUCCUCUGGGCUUUUCCUUGAAAACCUCGGCAUCAAGGACUUCAUUCGAAUAGAGCUCAGGUCUUCCACAGAGGUCGUCUUCUCUUUGGAUGUGGGGAACGGACCUCUGGAGGUCAAAGUGCGCUCCGACCUCCCGCUAAAUGACAACCGGUGGCACAGCGUGAGAGCUGAGCGAAACGUGAAGGAGGCGUCGCUGCGCGUCGACGACCUGCCUGCUGCCGUACGAGAAGCUCCAGCUGAUGGGUUUAUUCAUCUGCAGCUCAACAGCCAGCUAUUUAUAGGAGGCACCGCGUCACGGCAGAAAGGCUUUCUGGGCUGCAUCCGCUCCCUGCAGCUGAACGGCGUAACACUGGACCUGGAGGAGAGGGCAAGGAUCACACCUGGCGUCCGACCCGGCUGCCCCGGGCACUGCAGCAGCUACGCAGCGCUCUGCCAGAACCAGGGCCGAUGUGUGGAAAGGGCCAGCGGGUUCUCCUGUGACUGCAGCCACUCUGCCUACACUGGAGCCUUCUGUCACAAAGAAGUUUCAGGCAGCUUUGAGCCGACAACAUCCAUCACAUAUAUCGUAAAGGAGCCAUAUGAGGCGAGCAAGAACAGCAGCUCUCUGCACUCAUCCAUCUACUCGGAUAUCACACUGAGAGGAGAAGACGUCUCCCUGAGCUUUAGGACCAGUCAAAGCCCCGCGCCGCUGCUCUAUGUCAGCUCUUUUUACAGGCAAUACUUGAUCCUGCUCAUCAAUAAACAUGAUGAGUUGGAAGUGAGGUACAAGUUGCACAGCAACAGAGACGAGGAAGUGUUGAGCAGCCGAGUCAUGAACUUAGCUGACGGCCGUCUGCACACUGUGACCAUCAGGCGGCAGGCAGACACUGUGGCAAUGCAGAUCGAUCAGAAUGCCAGAGAGGAAUUCAACGUGACGGCUGACAGGGAGUUUAACGUUAAAUCGAUCAUUCUGGGGAGAGUUCCAGAGUCUGAAGGCCUGAGCGCGGAUCUCGCCGGCUUGGCGUCCGCCGGUUUCACCGGUUGUCUGUCGGCCGUUCGCUGCGGCUCCAUCUGUCCUCUGAAAGCUGCUCUGCUGCGACCCGACGGCCGCGUUUCUGUCGCCGGCGCCGUCGUCGGGUCGAGCUGCGCCGCGCCGGCUCAGGCCGAUUCCUACGCAGCAGAAACGACACAUUCGCUAUCAGACCAGCCUCACUCUGUGGAUCCUGGCCAGCCUUUAGUCAACACCAUUCGGAGUGAUUCAGCUCUAGUUGGAGGUGUGAUUGCAGUGGUCAUAUUUAUCGUGGCGUGCGCGGCAGCCAUCUUGGCUCGGUUCAUCUGCAUCAGGAAGGAGACGUAUCGGAACCAGGAAGUGAAAGCGGCGCAGCCCGGUGACGGCCGCGCGUUCCCGUUCAGCGGCCAGCCAGACUCUCUGAGCGUUCAAAGUGAAAACCAGAAGGAGUUUUUCAUUUAGCACAAAAUAACCUCGAAGGACUGAGCUGGAUAAAUUACCAAACAGUGCUUUACCCAUUCUUCCCCUUUUGUUUUAUUUAUUUUCAUGUAUUUAUUUUUGUAAAUACGGACUGGCCGAGAUAUUGGACUCAAUUUAAAGAGUUAAAUAUUUGAACUUGUACAGUUGGUAGUGAUUUGUGUGCUUAUUUAGAUCCAUUUCGGAAGUUUUCUAUCAAAUUGAAAGACAACAAUAAACACUGCACUGUAAAAACACA